AUGAGUGCAUUUGGAGGUGCUGUGUAUUGCGCGCUCAGCCAGUAUUUUAGGUACAACUCAGAACCAGUGGUGGUCUCCCUACAGCGGGACUACAGAACUUGGUGGACGACCUUCCCAGCGGUGACCGCCUGCUUCCUCGACCGGGUACAGCCAGACAAGGCUAGGGAAUUGAUUGAGGACACCUGGAACGUGACAGAAGACUCGGACCCUGAGAAGUACCGUUACUACUACGAGUUCAUAGAGCUGAUAGCCGACGUAUCAUUCAGGAACAACCUGCAGAACUUCUGGAAGUACCAGACUGAUGAUACUGUCAAGGGUAUCGAUUUGCUGGACAUGGCUUUAGCUGUCCACCCGUCGUCUGUGCUGCAGGUUAUCGUUUCGAAUAAUGAACAUGAAGUGCACUGGAACCCCGUGAUGACCGAAGUAGGCAUGUGUCUGACCUUCAACUCCAUGUAUGCGGAGUACCAGCACAUGCUGCAAGAAGUGGACUGGGUGCCCUUCCCGUUGUUCCAAUGCCACUACCAUAGCGGGCAGUGUUCUGUGAGAAUAGACUCUAUGAAUAAUGCUGUUAGGUAUUUUAUACAUUCUCCUUACGAGAUAUCGACGGCCAUAUCCAACCCGACUGGCGAGGUUUUACCUGGUGAAGAACUCAUCAUCGAUUAUAAGGUGAUAGAGAUCCAAGCGUCCCCGAACGUGAAGAGUUUGAGGACUGAACAGCGCCGCUGUAAAUACCCUGAUGAGUGGAUCAGUGACUCCAUACAGGCCUACAGCUUCUCUCUAUGUCAGAUGCACUGCCGGAGCCGCAUGGCUGUCAUGUUCUGUGGAUGUAGACCAUACUUCCACGUCAAAGGAGGUGAGCAUACAAGAAUAAUGGAGCCAGGGUGUCUCUUGAGCAUAAGUCAGCAUAACUGA